UCUCUCUCUCUCUCUCUCUCUCUCUCUCUCUCUCUCUCUCUCAGGGUGAGAAAGGAGGUCGUGGUGAACCAGGUAUUCCUGGAGUGGGCAGUGGGGCUGCAGUUAAAGGAGAAAAAGGUGAACUGGGACGUCUCGGGCCUGCAGGACCUCCAGGACCCACUGGAUUGACAGGACUGAAAGGAGCCAAAGGAGAAACUGGAGAGGGUGUAAAGGGCAGUGCAGGACUUCAAGGGCCACCAGGAGAGCCGGGUGACAGGGGUCCCAGAGGUCCUCCUGGUGAAAUCGGCAGCAAGGGAGAUCGUGGACAGAGUGGAGAGCCCGGGUCACAGGGUGACAGGGGUGACAGAGGGCCACCUGGUCCAGCAGGGGAUAAGGGUGAUAUUGGUAGACCGGGACUCUCAGGAUCCCCAGGGCUAAGGGGUUUGCCAGGUACAAAUGGACUUCCAGGUGAAAAGGGAGCCCCAGGAGCGAAAGGCGAACCGGGUGACGGCUCAGGUUCACUAGGAAGGAAAGGAGAGAAGGGUGAGCCUGGAGCUGCAGGUCCUGAGGGUUCUGCAGGUGAUAAAGGAGAUCCAGGACAGAAAGGAGAUCGGGGUCUUCCUGGAGUAGGACUACCAGGUCAGCUUGGACCUAAGGGCGAGCAGGGUGAUCGGGGUCUUUCUGGACUUGCUGGAAGAGCUGGACCAAAGGGAAACCAGGGUGAACCAGGAGAGAGAGGAGAGCAGGGAAGUCCUGGACCUGCAGGGCCGCCUGGACUCCGAGGGAAAGACGGGCUAAAAGGUGACAAAGGAGAAGAUGGCGUUCCGGGGGAGUCCGGUUUGCCCGGGAAGCCAGGAGAGCGUGGACUGAGGGGUCUUUCAGGCCAAGCAGGUCAACCAGGAGAAAAGGGAGACAUGGGGGAUCCUGGAGAGCAUGGACGAAAUGGAUCUCCUGGGGCUGUGGGACCACGAGGACAAAAAGGAGAUCAGGGCAUCCAAGGUCCCCCAGGGCCUCCUGGAGAUGUGGCAGAGGGACAGACACUUCUCAAGGGAGAAAGAGGAGAAAAGGGAGAGCCCGGAGACGCUGGGAAAGAUGGUAGUAAAGGUCAGCAAGGAGAAGCAGGAAUCCCAGGCACACCAGGAUUACGGGGACCUGAGGGUCAGCGUGGACCAGUAGGAGCAAGAGGAGAUCCAGGAGAGAGAGGAAGUCCUGGAGAAAAGGGAGAAAGAGGAGCUGCUGGUUUGGAUGGACGUCCUGGUCAAGAUGGGAAACCCGGACCACCUGGACCUUCCGGUUUAAGGGGUGAUCCUGGCAAAACAGGGGAACCUGGCAGAGAUGGAUUAGCAGGACUCAGAGGACCUCAGGGGCCUCCAGGGCCUGUAGGACCUCCAGGAGCUGCAGGAAUAUCUGGUAAACCAGGAGAAGAUGGAAAACCUGGAUCUUCAGGAAAACCUGGUGAAGACGGCGUCCCCGGUGAGGACGGCAGAAAGGGCGAUAAAGGAGAAUCAGGACCUGCAGGAAAAAAUGGUCAGGAUGGGCUGAAAGGGGAUCGGGGAAUCGCAGGACCUUCUGGACCCACUGGACCUCCUGGACAACCAGGGGUUCCUGGGAACAUCGGACCUCCAGGGCAGGUGAUAUAUGUAAAAGGGGCUGAUGUAUCACCUAUCCCAGGACCCCGAGGACCACCAGGACCUCCUGGAAUACCUGGGGUUUCAGGAGACACAGGAGCUAGGGGUGAAAGAGGACCACAAGGAGUAAAAGGAGAUCAGGGAGAUCCAGGAGAAGAUGGCUCACCCGGUAAACCAGGGACUCCAGUGGAUGUGAAGAGAGCACUUUCAGAUUUUGGCAUUGAGGUCAGGGAUCUACAGGCGGUGAUGGAAAAUAAAGAUGUCCUGAUGAGGGAAAUAGUAGAACGAACAAAUAAAGGAGCAAAAGGAGAUAAAGGAGAUUUAGGACCCCAAGGCCCCACUGGUUCAGAUGGUGCUCGAGGAUUUCCAGGGGAGCGAGGAGUAAAAGGUGAUAAAGGAGACACGGGACCUCCUGGUCUCCAGGGUCCUACAGGCAGGGCUAUUGGAGAAAGAGGCCCAGAAGGUCCUCCUGGACAGGCAGGUGAGCCUGGCAAACCAGGAAUACCUGGAGUACCGGGAAGAGCUGGAGAAUUAGGAGAGUCUGGUAAACCUGGAGAUAAGGGAGAGAGAGGAGAGAGAGGAGAAAAAGGGGAGACGGGUAAAUCUGGGAUAAAUGGUGUUGCGGGACCUCCUGGACCUAAGGGUGACUCCAUAGUUCAAUCUGUUCCUGGUCCACGGGGUCUACCAGGCCCUCAAGGUAUUAAAGGAGAAGAGGGUGUACAAGGACCUCCUGGACCUAAAGGAGAGCGGGGAGUUUCAGGUUUCCGUGGAGAGAAGGGCGAUAGGGGAGAAGUAGGGGAAAAGGGCAGAGAUGGCCUCCCUGGUUUAGCAGGAGAACCUGGGAAACCUGGACUGGAUGGAAAGCCGGGCUUGCCUGGGUUCCCAGGAGUGCUGGGCAGACCGGGGAACUCUGGAGGGCCAGGGAUUCAAGGACCACCUGGACAAGUGGGUCCUGUAGGACCUCCAGGACCACCAGGUGUGAAGGGUGACCAUGGAGAGGCAGGAGUAGGAAUUCAAGGUCCUCCGGGACCACAAGGCAUCCGAGGAUUGCCCGGACUUACAGGCACACCAGGAGCUAUAGGGCCACAAGGACCGGCAGGCCUCCCAGGACAAACGGGAGAAGGAGGAAAGCCUGGGGUUCCUGGAAGAGAUGGCAUACCUGGAAAGGAAGGAACACCAGGCUUACCAGGAAAACAGGGUAUAGCAGGACCGGUCGGACCUUUAGGCCCGAAAGGCGAGCAAGGAGACACCGGGCCACCUGGAAAAUCAGUAGCUGGACCCCCUGGAGUGAAGGGAGAGCGGGGUCCUACUGGUGAUACACUGCCUGGAGUAGCAGGAGAGAGAGGUUUACCUGGACCGCAGGGUAUUAAAGGAGAUAAGGGACCAGCUGGAAUCAAAGGUGACCGAGGUACAAGCGGUGACCCGGGUGAGCCUGGUGAAAGUGGACAAAGAGGACCUCUAGGACCUAAAGGAGCCAAAGGUGAAGCGGGUGUCGGAAUGGUAGGCCCUCCAGGGCAGACUGGACCUGCAGGCUUAAAGGGUGAUCCUGGUCUUCCAGGCCCUUCAGGCCCACCUGGACCUCUGGGAACAUCAGGAACACCAGGACUUGCUGGUCAAAGAGGGGAAACGGGUCAACCGGGAAAUCCAGGACCUCCAGGGGAGAGGGGUCUGCAAGGCUUCAUAGGAAAAGCAGGAAACCCAGGGACAGCCGGUAAUCCCGGGACACCUGGACCACCGGGUAAUGCAGGUCCCCCGGGGCCUAAAGGUGAUAAAGGUGAGGUUGCUGUAGGAGUACCAGGACAGAGAGGAGAGAGAGGAGACCCUGGGCCUCGGGGAGAAGAGGGACGAGCUGGGGUGGAUGGAGAGAGAGGACCUCCGGGAUUUGUAGGUGGCAAAGGAGCCAGAGGAGAAAAGGGUGAAGCAGGACCUCAAGGAGAGAAAGGAGAGAAGGGUGAAACUCUGUUGGUGGGGGGGCCUACUGGGGAAAAGGGAAAUAAAGGCGAAACGGGAGAACGAGGUGCGAAAGGAUUGCAAGGUGAAAAGGGCGUUAAAGGUCAAGAGGGACCACCAGGAGUACAGGGUCUGCGUGGAGAGGCAGGUGAAAGAGGGUCACCUGGGUUUCCAGGUGCUCGUGGACCAGGAGGACAAAAGGGAGAAGCUGGACUACCUGGAGUUCCAGGAGAACCUGGUACAUCUGGGAAAGAUGGCCUCCCUGGCAUGAGAGGAGAGAAGGGAGAGAUUGGAAUCAUCGGCAUGCGAGGACCUAAGGGAGACCGAGGAUCCAAAGGAGCGUGUGGACCAGAGGGACAAAAAGGAGAAAGAGGGGAUUCUGGAUUGCACGGCAGAUCAGGCUUACCUGGAAGAAAAGGAGAGCCGGGUGAUGUGGGAACUCCAGGAGCUACGGGAGUGCCAGGAAAAGAGGGACUCAUCGGACCCAAAGGUGACCGAGGAUUUGAUGGUCUAAUGGGACCAAAGGGAGAACAAGGAGAAAAGGGUGAACGGGGUCCUCCUGGCAUCCCUGGCCCCCCGGGUCCCCGUGGUGUUGAUGGUCCUCCAGGUCUGACAGGUGCUCAAGGACCUGCUGGAGUUAAAGGGCCUGAAGGGCUGCAGGGACAGAAGGGUGAACGAGGUCCUCCAGGCCUUGCUUCGGUUGGCCCUCGUGGCAUCCCAGGAAUCUCAGGAGAGAGAGGAGAACAGGGAGAAACCGGUCUCGAUGGAGCGAAAGGAGAGAAGGGAGAGCUGGGCAUGACGGAGGAGGAAAUCCGAGCGUAUGUUCGGUCUGAGAUGAGUCAGCACUGUGCCUGUGGAGGUAAGUGACCUUAAAGCACAACA